AAAGCCAUCCCCAAUCAUUGAUACUGAUUCAUCCCAUUGUAUAAUGUCUCGUCAAAUCAAGAAUGUUGCUCUUGCCGGGGCAUCUGGCAGCUUGGGCUCGGUCAUCCUGCAAGCUCUGGUCAGAACUGGUCGCUUCAAUGUGACUGUUCUUUCUCGAAGGACCUUGAGUGACGUGCCCUCGGGGGUUGUCGUACAGGUAGUCGACUUCGAAUCGGUUUCUGCCCUAACCGUGGCCCUCAAGGGUCAAGAUGCCCUCAUCGAUGCCACCUGGGCGUCCGACCCUUCUUUGGCCACCCGAUUGAUGGAUGCCACAGUCUCUGCUGGAGUUUAUAGAAUCAUCCCAUCCGAGUUCGGCGUGGACCCGGCCAACACCAAAGCGCGAAGCCUGGCCGUCUUCCAGGGCAAGGCUAAUGCGCUGGAGCAUAUUCAGAAGCUUGCCAACGAUGGGAAGAUUACCUGGACGGCCAUCUCCAACAACUCCUUUCUUGAUUGGGGUCUUCGCACGAAAUUUCUCGCCAUCGACCUUGAGAAGAAAAGAAUUAGCUACCUGAACGGCGGCAACACUGUCGUGCCGAAUACCACUAUCGCUUCAGUGGCUACAGCUGUCGUAAAUGUUCUCUCCAAGCCCCAAGAGACCAAGAAUCGGAUCUGCUACAUCUGCAACAGACAAAUGACACAAAGGGAGCUCGCCACUCUUGCCAAGCGGGCUCUGGGCGACCAAGGCUGGGAGGAGGAGGAUUUGGAUAUGAAUCAGGUGUUUGAAAAAGCCAUGGCUCAGCUGCAGGCUGGUCAGGCAAACUGGCAGGUCAUGGGUGACAUUGUUAGGUACUCUAUUUCCACUCCGGGUUACGUGGAGAAGCUGGAAAAGACGGAUAAUGAGCUGUUGGGCGUUGAGGAAAUGAGCGACAAGGAGGUGAUUGCGCUUAUAAAGGAGAUUGCCAACGAGAAGACUCUGGCGUAAAUCCACAUACAUCUUGGGCCUGGCUCAACAAGACAUGCACUGCUCUUUGUGUGGAAUGUCAGAUAGAUGUUUGAGCAUUGUGAAGCCAUAUUUUCGUCUGGCUGUAUCCAAGGUUCUAGCUAUUGC